AUGGCCCCCAAUACACAACCGUCCGACGAGACAUACCCCGGUUCCAGGAAAAGGGCGCACUCCAUAGGAGCAGGAUCUAUGCGUAAAGCUAUGGAAGAUUCGGAUCUAUGGCAUGCUAUCUCAGACGAGAGAUUCUGGCGAAUGCCAGAAGACGAAGUGCUGAUACUAAUACGAGAUGAGUUCUCAAACGAACUCGACCGAUUGAAAAAUGCAUACUCGCUCAAAGCGACAGGAGUACCGCGCCCUAGAAGCCCUUCGAUAUCUGAGAGGUUGUAUCAUGGCAAGAAUUACGACGAGAUCAACAGAACGCUCCUAGGUGUUCUUGUGCUGCGAUGGAUUGUUACGAACGACUAUGACAGCUUUACUCGGAAUCAGAAACCGGAGCUCGCACUCAAGCGCGACUCCUUCGACUGGCUGCACACGUUCUUCUGGAGUAAACUCAAUACCCCCGACGAUGCGUACGCCCUGGUCUUGUCAAUGAUCAUCAAUGAUCUAGGUAAAGACCCAAAUCUUGCCGCAGACUAUGCGGAGCUCAAGGGCGAGGACAUUACAAAUGUCAACCAUGACAUGAUCCUGCUCUGCGCCGUCGAAGCCGGUAUGGUGAAGGCCCUCGACAGGCUAACCGACCAGCAUCGUGAAUUCCUGAUGGACGGUAUCAGGCUCGGCUCCGAGCUCAACUUCGGUCAACUCGCCCAAGCAGAGAAUGCUCCCGCCUCCCUCGCCGGCCUCGAGGACAUGCGUGGCAAGGAUCGUGCCUUCCAAAUGCGCUUCAUGGAGCAAGUUCUCGACGUCUCGGGCGCGAAGGGUCACGAAGACUGGACAGCGGCUCUGGUAAUGAUUGAGCCAGUCUUUCAAUCUUACCACAACGUCUACGACGUUGCAAGCGGCAUCAUCAGCGGAUCAUACACCCUCAGACAGGGCUUCGACCUGAUCCUCACACGCAAACUAGAGCUCCUGCAGAAAGCCGGAUUCGAUCACAGCUUCGACAUCAACAAGCCCACCGACCGAGCUAUGCUCCGCAUCUUCUGCCUCGGCAACACCAACAGCCCGGAGAACGCCGAGAUCUUCUACAGAGCCUUCUUCGACUCCAUCCCCGACAUUGAGCGUGAGGACCUCGUGCACGGCCUCAAUGUGGAUGGGAGCGAAGCCGAGCCUGCAAUACAACCCACAUACACCCCUGCCAUGUUGGCCAAGGCCAUGGCUAACACCAAGAAGGGGACUCCAGAGGAAAAAGUGCGUGCCAUCGCAGCGAUGCUGAGGUACCUGGUCAGGGUCUUCAAGCGUGCAAGGACCAUCACGCAGGGUGUCACGGUGGUGGAGAGGGAGGUCCGGCUCGUUGACGCUGUAGUCAGUAGUGCGGAGUUCAAGGAGAGGCCGGAGAUCGUCACACAACAGCCUGUUCCGGAGGACCAGGUCGCGAACCGAGUGAGGGUCUGA